AUGUUAGACAGAUUAGCUUGGGCCCUUAUUCACUCCCCAACUGAGUUGUGGGUUAAAAUCUUUAAAUGUAAAUAUUUCAAGAAUUGUCAUCCCUUGCAUGCUAGAAAAUCUCUAGAUUAUUCUUGGUUAUGGAAAGGUAUUGAUGUUGGUCUAGACAUCAUUAGGAAAAAUUCUAUUUGGAAAGUCAAGAACGGGUAUAGUAUUCAUGCUUUUACUGAUAAUUGGAUUUCUGAUGCAUCCUCUCCUCUUUUUCAUUGUUACCCUAAUCCUAAUAUGCCGGUGUCUGAUUUCAUAGACCCUCAUACUAGGACUUGGAAUAUAGAUCUUAUUAAUAGUUUUUUCACUUUGGACAAUGCCCAAAAGAUAGCCAACAUUAGAAUUCCCCUCACAGGGGAUGACGGAUUAGUAUGUUUGUAUACUAAGAAUGGUGAAUUUUCCGUGAAAACUUGUUAUAAAGCUCUCUCUGGCGAGAUAAACUAUUUACAGAAUCCCCAUCCCAGUCAACCUACCUACAAAGCUCUACGGAGCUUCCCCACUCUUCCUAAGAUACAUCUCUUCCUAUGGAAGUGUAUAAAAAAUGUCUUACCUACUGGAGUCAGACUCUCACAAUACAGAAACCAGGAUCUUACCGAAACAAGUAUUAGGACUUGGUUUGAUGAAUGGUUGAAAAUUAGUCAUGGUAUUGCUAUCAAACAAUCAAUAUUUGUCACAGCAUGGUGCAUAUGGAGGGAUAGGUGUUUCAAGACCUUUCAAAAUCAAACUUUGACACCAUUGAGCACUGCCAAUCAUGCUUUGAAACUCUUAGCAGACAUAGAUGCUUGUAUGCCAGAACCAAUUGUUCCACUAGACAUAUCUAUUGUACCUAUACAAUCACCAGAUAACAGUGGCCUGCCUGAGCAUUGCCGUAUUCUAUAUUGUGAUGCUAGCUAUGACUCUGAUACUAAUGAAGCAGGCUCUGAUCUUGUAUUAACUGAUUUGACAGGGUCUUUUGAAUGA